CUUUUUAAUCAAACUACGUCAUAGCUAGCCCAAACAUGACGUCAUGUGAGUGUGAAGUUAUGUGAGUGUGAGUCGGAAAGAAAAUGAGAAGUCGAUAAAGUCUUAGCUUUCGCCGAUGAUUGAAGACUUGAAGGACAGAAGGGACCGAUUACGCACCAGAAUCACUGCUCUACAGUCUGAGCAUGGCGACAACACCCGACCUGAUCUCCGUGUUACCAACACCAGACUUCUGCACCAGAACAUAGAACUGAUGACGAAACACUUCGAACUAGAAGCAGAGGUAAAGGAAAAAGAUGAUCAAGUAAAGGCACUUAGAGAAAAAUGCUCCAAGCUGCGGGAGAAGCUUGCAAAAACAGAGCAAGAGAAAGAGGAUCACUUUAGGACGAGGAACUACCUGGCCGAUCUAGUAAAUGACUUACGCAAAGACCUUGAGGAUGAGGUGGAUAGGAAUAAGGAUCUGGAAGCACAAGUCCGCAAGUUUUUAUUUUACAGUUGUCCGGGGAGGAUCACAGUGAUCAAACGCUGUGGAGGAAGACGUGUGAUGGUUUCAAGAAUCCCUUUAAAAGGCGCAAGUGAAAGCUCUCAGACAAACCCGAAUGAUGAGAGCAGAUAGCGUGUUCAUCGGCAUAUGAGUCACGGGUGGUCAAUCUCCAGAACAUCGAUCAAUACCUUUUCUGCAAUCUACCCCGUAAUCUGUUGUUGAGUUUCGAAUGAACAGCAGCUAAUUUAUAUGCGUUUGAUAAUUUUAUUAAAAAUAAGUUGUGGGA